AGGAUAUCUUAUUUUAUGUAUAUAUACAUUUAUCUGUCACAAUAAAUUACAUUGUGUGUGUGCAUCGAUAAGCACAAAUUAGGAAUUAUAAGUAUACGCCCUAGUAAAAAAGAACUACUAGUGCAGUAAAAACUAUACCAGCUAUAUAUACCAGCAGUGCCACUACUACAUUUCAAUAGUGUUAUCACUGCACUGUUCGCGAAAUACCAUUGUCAGUCCUCUACUCCUCACGUUAAAACUUCACAUUUAUAGUUCUUAUUUGCGUAAAAUAAAAUUAUAAGCUAGUCUUCACGGGAAGUUGUGAUAAUACUGUGCCCGUUGACGAAAUAACAUAAACUUAUAUCGACCAAUAUCCUGGGUGUAUCAUAUUACUUUUACUCGGACACGAUUCGCAUAUUUAAAUAAAAUGUCCCACGAAGAUUUCCAAAGAUGGAUCAACGAUGUGAUGCCGAAGAUCAUUAAAAAUCUUGGAUCGGACAUUGACAAAGUACGGUAUGAGCUACCCAAAUUUACUGACACUUUUAUUAUGUCCAACAUGUAUCGUGUACGUCUGCAGUUUGAGAACAAGACAAACAAACAGAACGAGGAAUUGUCUAUAAUAAUGAAGAGACCCAUGCCAGGCUUUAGCCAGCUAGCUCGUAUCGAUCUUCAAUUUUACAACGAGAUCCUAUUCUAUCAGAUGUACACCCGACCGAACGAGAUCUAUGCGAAAUGUAUCUACGCUGAAGAUCGGCCGCCCAACGACUCUGUAAUCGCCUUAGAAAAUGUCAAUGGACGAGGAUAUUAUUCUUGUCCGUGUGUAUAUAAUCCUUCAUUGGAAUACACAUUAGCAGCGAUGCGUGAGUUGGGACGAUUUCAUGGCAAGGGAUAUGUCAUGAAGGAGAUGCAGCCGGAAAAGUUCUUCGACAUCGUGGAGCGAAUUCAAGAAGUUAGAUACACGAAGACGGCAGAGAACCUCUACGAAUUUCAGAGUAAUAUCAAGUCGGUACGCGCGGUGGAAUAUCUUCGUAGUCAAGGCCAUGAUACAGUUUUCUGCGAUAAGAUGGAAGCUUUACUUUCGAACGCGUUCGACGAAGUGAUGAUGAAGACAGUGCAGCCGCAGGAACCGUUGGCCACAUUGUGUCACGGUGAUUUUACGUUGGACAAUAUUCUUUUCAAGACAGAAGAUAAUGGACAAUAUCGCCCGAUGUUAAUUGAUUUCGCGCUUAUCAGAUACUCGACGCCCGUCAUCGAUCUUUCCACGCAUCUUUUUCUAAGUUGUACGAAUGAAAUGAGGAAAAGCAAAUUUUCCGAGAUCAUGCGGGCCUACUAUGACGCGCUGAAGGAGUAUUUAUUGGACGCCGGCAUUCAGGAUAUUGAGAAGUACUCGUACAAUGCUUUGUUAGACGAUUUUAGAAGAGGUGCUCUCUUCGGUUUCAUUCUCAUGUCCGUUUUUGUACCGGUAUUACUGGGACAUCUCAGUCCAGAAACACUAGUACAAGAAAUAGUAGAUUUAGGGGUUGUGGAAAGUGCAAAGAAGCAGAAAUACGCCGGCGGAGACGAAGUAUCUAAAAUAUUAGCUGAUGCGUUGCUGCAUUUGAGAGAUCUUGGCUGUCUGAAACAUUUUUUAUAGUCACCCGAAAUAAUUUACAUUAAUAUAAAAUAUCUGAUUAAAGAAAAUAACACACAGGUAAUAAUUAAUUAUAAAUAGUUUUUCAGCUAUGGUUUAUCAAAGGUGUAAAGACUCGGUCUUUGCAAUGUCCAACAGAAUCCAACUGUUUAUAUCGUUUACAUAACAUCAAUCUUACAAUUAGUUUAUGUGUUGCAUUCGUGUGAAAUUUAAUUGAAAAUCUUUAAUAUAUUAUUAAUUAUCUUUAAUAGUGUCUGUAAUAUAUAUUAAUUAUCUAUAAUAAUAUCUUCCUGUUACGUCCACAUUGUUGAUCUAGAGUGAUAUCAAGAGUAGGAGAAAUAAUCAAAAUAAUUAUUUUCUCUAUUAACUGUGUUAUCUUUUAAAUUUUAAAUAUUUUAAAAAUAAUGGGACUGAAUGAAACCUAAGUUUUGAAGAAUUUCCAAAUCAUAUCAAAGCUUUGCUAUAAUUGUACAAUGUAUAUUGUAGAGAGUGUAGAGCACAAGUUUUUAUACCUAUGCUGUACCAUAAGUCGAGAACAGUCCAAUUAUUGAUGUCCAUCCCUUAGAUUAGAGAAAUUUAAUAUUUACAAUAUUAAAUAUAUUUUUCAAAGGAAUGACAUUUUUUGUUUAUCAAAUUAUAAGCUAUAAUUUAUAAAAUUAUAAUCGUAUGUGAAAAUCAACUCAAUUUAUCGAUAACCAACUUUUCAUAUAUAAUUACGAGGUUUUUAAAAUUAAUCUUGAAAACAAUAUGUACAUGUGAUAUCAGUUUAUAUACAUAUAUCUGGUCCCAUUAGAAUUAAUUAUGCUUUAAGCUAAAGCUGAACUUAUGCAAUGAAUGGUGGCUUUUAAUGGACUCUAUCUUAUCUAAGCGACUUGUUUAUGUAUACGCUAUUAUGCAAUAAUUAUUUUGUUUUCAUUUGUUUUAAGAAUUUGCAUUCUGUAUCUCUGCCUACACAAUACGAAAGAAACGUGCUAUUUUGUUCGCAAAGUAUAUGCCAUAUGUUAUAUAUCGUAUAUAUAAGUUAUAUAUAUAAGUUGUACUACUGAUGUAAAAACGCAGCAGUCUAUCUUGGCAACAUGAUAUAUAUUUUAUACAUGAUCACGACUUACAAUCUAUUAGAAUAGAACAAAAUUUGGCGUUCUGUUUGAAUAUAAUUAGAAUAUAAUUUUACUGUAAAUUUCUUCUUUGAUAGCAAAAUGGAAAUCGUCUUAUGUAAUGAUAACAUCCUUAUCAUAGUCUUUGUUUACGAUAAAAUAAUCCUUAUCAUGGUAGUGUUUA